UACACUCAGUUCGUCUUACUCGACUUCACGACAGGAUAAUGAUAGGCAACGAAACCGUUGAUUAAUUCACUCGCGUGAAUGCAAAUAAAGCAGCGGAUAAAGUGUCACGUUUUUUUAAACAUAAAAAACGUUACUUCGGCGUCCGACAAAGGAAUAUACGGUUAUACUGACGUCCACACGACCACUCAAACUGUUACAAUUGUGGAGUUUUCCACACAAAAUGUUUAUUGCCCGACGACGGUUCCUUUGAGCGUGUACAGCAAUUGCGAUAGUAUCAUCUGGACAAAUCGGUAUAAUGGAUACUAUAAGAUCUGAAAGAAAUGUUCCUGUUUUAUAAUGUGUCCUGGAGUCUAUUGAAUAACUGGCUGACGUGGGGAUCACGCAGGGGGGCUGGCCGAAAAACGAGAGACACAGGCGGGCAGAGGGGCUGCGCCGCCGCGCGUCUGGGAUUACAGUAAACACAAGUUGUUUCUUUAAUAUCCUAAUAGGCUUUGACGAGAUAAUGCAUUUGCAGGCAUAUAAAACGCGAAGGAAACUAUGUAGUAUGUCUUCUUGUAGGGGUUCUGAGACGCUCAGACUCGCCACUGCCUAUAAGUUCAUGGAUGUUUACGUCAGUAAAUGAUUUGGAAGUUUGUAAAGUUUGUAAAGGCCAUCAACCAUUGCUUUAUGAACUGUGUUUUUAUUAUCUGAUGCAUUUUAUGAGUGCUGGCUAAGAUGGUUGAAAACAGAUGCUUUGUUCAGAGAGAGGAGGUUUACCGCUGGUUCUCCGUGUUGAGUUCGGCGCAGAGAGCUGAGUUCCUUUGCGGCCUUUUGGACCUCUGCGUUCCCAUUGAGCUACGCUUCCUCGGUUCGUGUUUGGAAGACCUAGCCCGAAAAGACUACCACUCUCUGAGGGAUGCAGAAAUCAAAGCCAACAACCCGGCUGACCUCGCCAACUUGACCAACAUCACGGAUGAGGUCGUGAGGAGCAAGCUGCUCGUCUCUCUCGCGCUCCUCAGCUCGGACAACCGCGUAGCGGCGGGAGUUUUGUUUCGGACCCUCACCCAUAUCGACACCAUCAUUAAUAACUACGGACUUCAGCUUAACGAUGGCCAGACGGGAGAGCAGUUUUUGCUCCUCUUCACCAUGGCUUCGAACCAUCCCGCCUUUAGUUUUCAUCAAAAGCAGGUGCUGAGGCAAGAGUUGACACAGAUCCAGGAGAUCCUACAGGUGACAGUUGGUGAGGCGCCGUCGACGUCACACGGGGGCGGGGCCAGCGCUGCUGCGCUCCCAAACGUGAGCGCGACCCCGACCUUCUCUUCCUACAUCACAACAUCCACCUUCAACUCUUGCCAGGCCGGAUGUCCGUGUUGCAAGACCGUGCAUCGGGAGGUCACAGGAGGGCAGACAGACGAAGGUUUGGGUCCUGAGAUCAUGCCGCAGAGUCCAUCACUCUUGUGCAAGGAAAUGCCACUCAAAGUGCAUGUCGGAAAACCCAGCAAAGAGUAUGUUGAAAGAAUUGAAGUAAGGGGAGUUGCACCCAAAUCAGACAAAUCAACAGAAUACAUCCUGGAGGCCUUGUGGUCCGACUGCACUUUGUCGACUGUCAGCAAAACCCCCCAGGAAGUGGUGGAGUUCAUCUCCCAGCUCUCUCAGCUCUUUCCCGAUGAAUGUCUGGAGAAACUUCUGCCCCAAAUGCCUGGACUUGAUUCCACUCAUGAAUUAGAUCCUCGAUGCUUGACCUCUCUUCCGCCUCAAGUUCUCAAACAUGACAAAGUCUGUUUCUUCUUCAGCACUUCGUCUGCACCUCAGCUCCCUACUAGCACAAUUUGUUUUCUUGUCAGAGAGAAGCUGGAGAAGAGAUACGUGGUGUCUCAGUUUCCUGUUUCAUGUAGUGGGGUUGCCAGAGUGAGCCCUUCCAGUCAUAUCGGAUCCCUGACACGCGCACACUCUGGAAGUGAGCUACGGGUAGAUGUUGAGAACAACUCGUUGCCCAUUCCACGGGACAGCAGUUGCUCCUCAGGCUAUUCCAGUGCUCCUUCCAGUCCAAUGACCCCUUUAUCACGUGACACUUCCUUCGACCGGGUUAAAGACCCUCACAGACGUUUAGAGUCUGGUUUGGAUCCUUGUGAGAAAGAGCGGUCAUGCUUUCUCCUCAAUCCUGUGGUAUCCACCGGUCCCAGCCGUCCCACUGCCCAAGUCCUACCGGUCCAGAACGAUCCCUCCCUCUGUCCCUCCCAAAUGAGUUUGCCCCCACCAUCCUUGCCCCUCCCCUCCCCAGGCCGCGUUCUCAACUCUCCCCGCAAACCUCGUCCACCCCCUCUCUGUUCAGAAGAACGUCCCAAACCGAUGGGGUCUGGGGUCACUGUGGGUGUCCGGCUGGAGAACAUCUUCCGUGGGUUGAAUCUUGAUGGUUCUCCGGGGCACCAGGACAUGUCGGUCCCCCGUGGGCCCCUCACAGUGCUUUGCUCCCCUCCAGGUCUCAUGGUGGAGACCAGCACUGCUCUCACCUCCACGUCUAACACCCUCCAUCAUGUUUCUCACCCACCCUUACACUUACAAGUGUCUUCUGUUCCACGCACAGGAUCGUACCCUUUCUCCACCUUGUCCUCCUGCCCGUCAUCGAGUUCCUCCACUAGACCCUCCUUCUCGCCUAUCAGUGGAGUUCCAAUAGCAACGACCAGCAACGUUCCCAUGGCGGCAGUACCCGGCAACACCUACUGCGUAAACAGUACAUCCGCAGUCACGCCCAGUUCUAGCCCAGCAUCCACAGAGAAUAGCGGCUACGCCUCAGUGCAAGCAAACAGCGCUAACUCCAGUUCCUCGUUGUGCGUUUGUAGCUCUUGCGGUUGUAGCGGUAACUGUGGCUCCUAUGGGGCACUUCCAGCUAGCUACGCCGGAUACUUUCCUCAUCCGUUUUCAGGAACGUCAGUAUUCACGUUAGGGCCUUUGCUUCAUUUCAGCCCCCUCCUUACAGGAAGUGGUACCGCCUCCCCCUUUUCCUACCCCUUGGUGGCCCCACCUAUUUACAACAGCAGUCUAUCACAUGACUCGCAGCAAAAUAUUGUGCUUCCACCAGUGCAGGGUUUUCUAGGGGGAGGGGGUGGUGUGUACCAGCCCCAUGGAAUGAUGGGAAACGGAAGCUCUGGGCAUAAGAAAACAGGGAAUGUGUCCUGCUAUAACUGUGGGCUGAGUGGGCAUCGAGCACAAGACUGCAAGCAGCCAGCAAUGGACUCUGCACAACAAGGGACGUUUCGUCUGAAAUAUUCCCCGCAGUCAGACAGCCAGGACUCAGGAGAUUAAAUGGUGCGAAUGAACUGUGUUGAACCUGCACCUUCCUCGGUGUGUAAAGACACUUGACGUACAUCCCAUCGGAUCAUACUUCAAAUGUCAACAAGGCAAGUAGGAUGUCGUUUCGAACACUGACUUACCC